AUGACCAGCAAGAAGUUCUUUUCAUCAAGAAGAAAAAUUAAGUGCGGGGGGUUGACACCGACUGAGAAGAAUGAAAAUUUGCCCGGGUUCGAGUUUUACCAAUGGUUUGGUGCGAUGCUUGAACAAUUCGAGGAUUUUGGAAUCCCGUGCAAACACUGUUAUCCGGUCCAACGCGCGGACUGUGAAAGUACACUAACGGACCUUCAAAAUGACAUCGACAUGAUAAAAAUUGCGACGUGCACGUUGUUUGAUGACGUCCAAAAAGCAGAUCACGAAAUAGCAACACUUACCAGUGAAAUAGAACAUCUUGAGAAUGAAGUGGAGAGUUUAGUACACGUCAAUUUAGAGCUCAAAGAUAAAGAACAUGCAGUGAGAAAAGCUGGCAAUAUAGUUAACAAGAAUGUCAUUCAAUUUGUAUACAUAGAAGGAGCUUUUGUCGAGAUGGGCAUGAGACUGAAAGAAAAGGUGAUACGAGAAAGAGGGAGUCGAUACCUUUUAAGUAAUUUACCGGCACAAAAGGUAUCGACAUGGGAUCAACUCUUUCGAAAGAGUCUGAUCAUCCCCGACACAUCUUCGAUGAGUUUCAUCAACAAAAUCACUCGAGCAAAGCCUAUCCCAAUCAUUUUCGGGAUGUUAUAUAGUCAACUCAAGUGUUUGGCUAACAUGUUGAAUUAUGAAUAUCAAUGCGCACAAAGCACCACAUUUGGAAAACAAACGAAAGACGCAUUUGUGUUGAUACCAAAAGACUUUGGCACGACUAAGAAGUAUAAUCGAAUGGUCCUGCAAUGCUUCUUAAAAAUGCUAUUGGAACUGAGCAACGUCUUGUUGUUGGAGUCUGGACAGAUGUUCUUCUUGGUUUAUAAACUAACGGACGACUCCAUCAAUGGGAUGGACUUCCUGGCAUAUGACUCGAAGAAGUGGUUUGUCGCACUCGAGUGCUUCUUGACAAACACAGAGACUUGCUACAAAUGGAUUCUGCGGUUAAGGAGGUGCAAGUGA